AUGAUACUCUCACGAUACGUAAUCAUCUCAUGGCUUGCCUCCGUGGCCUUGGCUGCUCCGAACCCUCCAGCACCACCGGCCGAAUGUCAGCCCAAGACCGAAACCGUCGUUCACACCGUCCACGUCCCUACAACAGUCCACGAGACGGUCCACGUCACGGUUCCCGGAGAGAAACAGACGGUUCACGUCACCGUCCCUACCACAGUACACGAAGUCAAGACCGAGAUUAAGAAAGAAACCAAGACCGAAGUGAAGACUGUUCAUGUGACAGUCCCGACGACAGUCAAAGAGACGGUUCACGUUACCGCACCUCCGAAAAUAGUCAAGGAGACGGUCCACGUCACGGCAACAGUGACCAAGGAGCAGACCAAGACGGAGAAGGUCGUCGAGACCAAACCCGUCCACGUCACCGUCACCAAAACCGAGGAGAAGAAGGUAGUCCACACUGUGCCCGUGACGGUGGUCAAGACAGAGAAGGAGGAGGUUGUCAAGACCGUCGUCCGCACAGAGUCCGUCCCGGUGACGAAGACCGAAACGAAGAAGGAGAUCCAGACUGCAGUUUUGACCCGGACGGAGACCAAGAAGGAGACCGAGAAGGUCCCCGUCACUCAGGUCCAGACAUCAACGCUGGUUCACACGGUUGUGGCCACCAAAGUCGAGACGAAGGAGGUCGUUCGGACUCAGACCGUCGCCGUUACCAAAGUCGAGACCAAAAAAGAGGUGCAGACGAUUCCAGUCACUCACUUCCAGACAAAGAUCGAAACUAGGGUUCACACCCAAACUAUCCCCGUUACUCAAACGGAAGUCAGGACAGCUAUCCAGACAGUGGCUCACACCGCGGCUCCCGUCACGCAUGUCGUCACGUCGGAGCGCGUUGUCUCUGUUCCAGUCACUGUUCCCGUCACUCAUACUCAAGAAAAGAUUGUUACGUCCGUUCAGGAACGCCCAGUGACAGUAUCUGUCAGUGUACCUGUUCACGUCACCCACACGCAGGAGAGGGUCAUCACGAGCACUCAGGUGGUGACCUCAAGACAAGAGGUCCCUGUUCAUGUAACCCAGGUUAUUACCAGAGAACUCCCGGUUACUCGAGAAGUGACUAGGGAGCUCCCAGUAACUCGAGAGGUUACUAGAGAACUUCCAGUUACUCGAGAAGUCACCAGGGAGCUUCCAGUCACCAAGGAAAAGAUUGUUACUCAUGUAGUCACCGCCACAGCGGUUCAGACUCUGAGCCAAGUGCAGACUUUCACAAGCAUCUCCAAGGAAACGGUUCAUGUUACCCUACCUCCUCAAGUUGUCAAGGAGACAGUCCACGUGACGCUUCCUCCGAGUGUCGUCAAGGAGACGGUACAUGUCACCCUUCCUCCCCAGACUGUCCGCGAGACAGUUCCUGUUCACGUAACACAGACUGUCCACCAGACAGUCCCAGUUCAUAUCACGCAAACCGUUCCUGUUCAUGUAACGCAGACCGUUCACCAGACCGUUCCCGUUCACGUUACACAGACGGUUCCUGUCCAUGUUACGCAGACUGUCCCUGUUCACGUUACUCAAACAGUCCGUCAGGAGGUCCCCGUCCACGUCACGCAAACAGUCAGCCAUUGCGCUACAACAGUAACCGCCGGAGCAGGCGGUGCGGCAUCCCCACCGGCCGUCCACCCGAUGCCUCCGCCGGCUCAUUCAAGCCCCCCGCCGGCGCAUACCAUGGCCCCGCCACCUCCCGCACACACCAUGGCUCCUCCGCCUCCCGCACAUACUCCUCCGCCGGCAGCACACACCCCAGCGCCUCCUGCUCACGAGAUGCCUCCCGCAGCUCCCCCGGCUCACACACCUCCUCCCGCAGAGGCUAUGCCUCCUCACCCUCCAGCGGAAGCGCCAGCUGCCCCUCCCGCUCAUGAGGCUCCAGUUGCUCCCCCAGCCCAUACAGUACCCCCAGCUCACGCGGCACCACCAGCUGAAGCAGCUCCAGCCCAGCCGCCAGCCGAGAAACCCGCGGAGAAGCCCGCGGAGCCCGCUGCUCCGCCCGCACACACCCUAAAGAUGAGAUUUAUGCCGCGAAAAUACUAA